AUCCUCUGGCUUGAUGGGUGAAGAUAUGGUCUUGGUGACUACCAUCGGCAGGCCCCUUGAUGCUUGUUUUCAUCUUUGGAGUACCCUUCAAGUAUCCUUUCACUACACCACAACAUCGAUCACUCCGUAGCAACCGACGAUGGGAAGUCUCUACAGCAACGCCCAAGCUGCGCACCGCAAGCUUAAAAUCGUCAACACCAACCGCCCGCCUUCCGUUCUCUCAACACCACAACACGCUGCACACCUACAACCCACACACAUCCAAGCAGCACACACCUCACAAUGAGGUUCAACGAACUUUUCGUCGGCGCGCUCAGCGCCUCCCUCGUAGACCAACCCGAAGUCACGACCACCGUCACGCGGUACCUAGCGGCGACUACCACGGUGACGGUCGGUUUUGCGCCUACGACGCCUACUCCCGCCGCCCACUUGUCCCCGGUCGUCUCCUGCGCGCCUGCCGCCAGGCCUCCGCCCGGCGUCUUCAACUCUACGGCUUCCGUCCCGCAGUCGACCUCCGGCACUUCCCUCCUCUCCGCCAUCGGACAGUGGGCCUCUGAGCCCCUGGCCAUCACGCCGUGGCAGAUUUUCCUCACGCUUUCCAUCCUCGCCUCGCUGUCCUCCUUCGCGGUCUUCGUCUCCCGCAUCGCAAACCGCUUCUACCUCCUCGACCUCACGAACUUCCUGCUGCGCGCCGCGCACAUGAACUGCAUGCUCGUCUGGACGCUGAUUAUCUUCGCCCUGCACUAUCUCGCCUACCAAGCCAUGCCCAUCGACCCCAUGAACGCGCUGGUCACGCGCCUUGCGCUGUACGAGGCGGAGAACCCGACGCUGUUGGUGAUGGCGUGUAGGUGGGCCACCAAGUGGUGGCGUAGGCACUUUUAUCAGGGGUAUGGGGUCCUGUGGGCGGUCUGGCUGGAGGUCGGACCGGGGAUUGAAGAAACGGGGCGAGUGCUGCUUCGGCGCGCGGGACAGAUGUCAAAUGCGCUUCCGAAUCUGACGGAGCGCGCGCUGGAUGGGAUUUCCGCCGCGAUUAGGUUCGUUUUCUGGUGCCUGGGCGCGACUUACGCCGCCAUAUCGACCCUGCUGAGCUGGGUUUGGGCCGGCCUGAUCCUCCCAACGUCACGCUUCCUCAAAUCCACAGCCCUCUUCACAGCGCAAAAACUCUACCCAGCACGCUACCUACGCCACCGCGCCCUGCGCAACAUCCAGGCAACCACCCAAGGCGAAACGUACGCCCUACAUCACCGCGCCGCCAACCUCUCCCUCCACGAAAUCGUCUCCCUCUACGACACCAUCUCCUCCCUACAAUCCCAACUCGCCACUCUCGAAGCCAGCACCUGCGUCACACUAGCCCAGACAUGCCUCCGCUACCGCAGCAGCCUGCUCGCGCUGAUCAGCGACGUCAACUGGUACCGCCGCAGCUGGGACGCCGUAGCAAACUACCUGCACAACACACGCCACAACAUCAACCCCUCCAGCGUCUGCGCCGAAACGCCCUACCGCUCCUCGCGCAUCGUGUUCCUGCCCACCGCCAACGCCCAGGGCUUCCACUUCGACAUCGACCCCGCGACCACCUCGCGCCUCAGCUUCCACGACGUGUACACCGUGCGCGGCGGCAACGGGCGCAAGUUCCGGACCUAUGCGUUCAACUCCGGCGUCGUGAAUGCGGGGCUGGUGCCGCGCGCGCUGGACCUGUUCCAGAGCGAGCCGUGGGGCUUCGACGUGCAGUUCCCCGGGAUUCGCAUGCCGCGCGCUCCGCGCGCGGAUGAUUUGUUUGAUAUGAAGCGGCGUGUUCCGAUGCCUGUUGCGGAGCAGCAGCGCAGGUUUGGCGAGAUGAUGGAGGAUGUUGCUGCGAAGGGCCGCGUGCGGGAGUGGGAGGCGCUGCGGCGGGUCCAGGGUGCUAGGCCGACGCGAGCUGUGGUUGAGAAGAGGGGACCGUUUGGAUGGUGAAGAGAAGGGGAUGGGCGCAAGGUGGAGGAUAUGCGCCGAGAGGAUGUCUUUGGAGAGCUCGUGUACGUUGCCGUACGUCCUCGUUUGGGGGCACCGCCGGCGACUCGUCUGGCGGUCUUUUCUUUCCGGAUUUAUGUUUUCUGUCUUUUCUACGUUCUCGAACGGGAACGGAAGCGAUGUUUGGCCAGGAUGGUUGGAGGUGUGCGUGCUUUGUCUUUCCUUUCUUGCGUUGCUCCUCAUCUGCGUAUCUGCGCUGCUUUUCAUGCAUCCCCUACUAAUUGCCAGCGUCGUCUGGUCCAAAAGCUAUUGACUCGGUCCUGGUUCCAGCCAUGGAUGACAGGAGUACUAGGGGAGUGAGUAAUAAUUAGCGUAUCGAACUGUCGAAACAGCUCGCAAGUUCAGGACUUGUCCAGAUACUCUAGCAAGUUGUAGCGUAGAAGUCUAGAAGCUGCGAGGUUUUUAAUCCCAACUCGUUACAUAGAGGGUG